CCAGCAGCUGGUCCCUACCUACCCUAGGCAAUAUCUACCCUAGGCAGGGUAAGUUAUGACCAAGAAAACAAGUCGCGGUUCCACCCUUGCCGCGCUACUCGACUGGAAACAGUGGAAAGAGCUUUCAAUUUAGGUUAUUACCACAGGCAGACAGGCAGGCACAAACAUAAGCACAACUCAUAACUUACGUACCUUUAGGACCUACCCCAGGCUUACCAGUCAAUUAAUUACAUACAUAACCAACUCCCAGUCACGAUUUAAGUUGAACUAACGAUUAACAAUCACAACUUGAAUUAACAAUCAUAACCAACUUUGAUGUACUGUCAUCAUCUAACGAGGACCAACGAUCUCUAGGACUUAAACCAAUAUUCCAUUUCUCACCAUUUCUCACCAUUUCUCACCAGUUUGGUUAGAGAUCUUGUCUUUGUCAACAUCCAAUUGAACCCUUAAGCUUGUUGCUUAGUCUAUCAAGCUAUCACCAUGUCCGGGCUCCUUAACUCCAUCAAUACUUGGAGAACCAAGUCGCCUGCACCCAAACCUGUGAAUGGGGACAAAGAACCACGCGGCACCAAGCGCAAAGCCAAGGGAGACCCCUACGAUGAUAUAGAUGAUGACUCGGUUCAGAAAAAAACACCCUCAAACCAGCGUACCCGAUCGCGCAUCUCUUCUGAAAUUCCAAGCCCCGCCGCAAAAAGUCGGCCGUCCUCAUCAGCCAAAACCAAUAACAAGCGCCGAAGCCGUUCGAUGGGUGCCCGAAAGAACGAUAUAACCGAUGCAGCUGCCAACUUAGCUCGUGCACAAGAGCCAGAAGCUGCAAGACUACAGCCGCAAGAAGAACUUGAAGAUAAAGAACAAGAGGGAAACUUAACAAAGAGCUCCAUGGUUCCCGUAGCUGAUAUGGGUGUUCCUGACCUUUCUAGCGAGGAUAAUGCUAGCACAGCCGUUCCUCAUGGUGACACCACUGACCACCCCAAAUCCAACGGCAAGACUCCCACGAAAGUUGUGAAAAAGGGCAAGGCAAAGGCAACUGCAACUGAGCCUGAAGAAGACGAGGUGCAUUCCAAACCAAAUGGCAUUGCCGAAGCAGAAGAGCACGAAGUCCAUGCUAUUCUUGAACACCGUAUGGCAAAAGACCGCAGCGGUAGAAUCGAAGUUUUGAUCCACUGGGCUGGAGAGGGAAAAGAAGAAGCGACAUGGGAACCUGAGGAUGAGAUACAAAGGGGUGCUGAGGACGUACUCUAUGCAUACUGGAAAAAACAAGGUGGCCGGAUGAACGCCUUGUUUAUUAAACCUAAGAACGCACCGACCGAGAUCUAUCACGUCUUUAAGAUCCUACAACACAAAAAGAAAAAUCGGGGUGGCUUCGAGAUGGAGGUUCAAUGGGUCGGUCAUCCAGCCACAGGAGGCGAAACCUCAUGGGAGUCCGAAACAAAAAUGAGAAAGGUUGCACCGGAUGGGCUGAAGGAGUAUUGGGAGAGUGUCGGUGGCCGCGACAAAUUCCUGGCUAAGCGUGGUCGUGCGAAGAAGCAAAGGACCGAGUGAUGGAGUGAUGAAAUGAUGAAAGGUUUUCCAUCUUAGCACAUGAGUGCUGCCUAUUCACCAAGUAGGCAUUUGUUUGCUUGUACAUAUGUUUCUCCCAUUUAUUUCCGGAGACGGAGAGGGCAUGAAUGAGGUUCGCGAUUGCAUCACACGGCGUUAAGACGGGGGGCAGACGAAGGAAACGCAUGGUUUUAAGGCCCGCGGGGAAAGAAAAAGUUUCGGGAAGUGGUUCGGUGAAUUAUUUGAUUCUUCGCUUUGCGUUGCUACCUGGUACUGAUAUUAUCAAGUCGUCUUCAUAUAGGGGAUUGGUAGUGGCGUCGCAUAAGGUCGUCGAUAUGUCUAGAUGCUACGCGGUAUACCUGGACUAGGUAUACUAGGUAUACUAGGUAUAGUACUAUGCAUUUAGCACUUAUACCAGAGAUCAUACGUCAUAUCUUUUACUUCGCAAAGUAUGUAGUUUGAUGUUUUUAUGCACCUUCCGUCCCUUCAUAAAUAGUAUAUAAUUACAUUACGUAAUUAGUUAUUCC